UGCCAACCCUCUUUCCUCUUGUUUUCCAGUCGCUAAUCGGAGCUCAUGUCUCGUCCAGCAGCAAGCGAGGUUGGAAAGCACCGAGAGCAAACCCACAGUCCGGCCCAAGGAUGCUGUCAGUCACAAUCAGCUGGCAGCAUUUGGGGAGUAUGUGGCCGAGAUGAUGCCCAAGUACAUCCAGCAGGUCCAGGUUACUUGUUACAAUGAGCUGGAGGUGAUGAUCCAUCCUGACGGGGUGAUCCCUGUGCUGACCUUCUUGAGGGACCACACCAACGCUCAAUUCGGGAACAUGAUCGACCUUACUGCUGUCGACAUCCCCACACGGCAGAAUCGCUUUGAGAUUGUGUACAACCUGCUGUCCCUGCGCUUCAACUCUCGUAUCCGCAUCAAGACGUACACAGACGAGCUGACACCAGUGGACUCUGCAGUCUCUGUCCACAAGGCUGCCAACUGGUAUGAAAGGGAGGUGAGUCAAAACCUGCACACUCACCAAAACAACAAAAACAACAACAACAACAACAAUAAGAAAAUGAAUGCCAGCCCUGAGAUUUAA